AUGGAGAGGUGGACGGAGGCAGUGUGCCUGCGCGAGGAUUACGUGUCUUUUGAGGUGUUGGUCUGUCUGUUGUUCUGCAGCAGACUGACCAGCGUGGGUGCAGCACCUAUCUGUACCAAUGCCCACGCUGGGUGCCACAUCCACUCCCUGUCUAACCUGUUUGACCGGGUCAUCCAGCACUCAACCAGGAUGCACGGCAUUUCAAAUGACCUUCACUCCGAGUUUGAGCAGUAUUUCCUGCCCAGUAGGAAUCAAAUUGGCCGGGUCAGUCGCAACUGUCACACCUCCACCAUCCUCACCCCAAAUGGCAAGGAGAACGCGCAGAGAAUGGCGAGAGAAGAGCUGAUGGAGGUGAUUCUGAAGCUCUUGGUGGCAUGGAGGGAUCCUCUGUGGCAUUUCCAUCAUAGCAUGGCUCACUAUGAUGACUUCAACAACUUCAGCUCCAAUAAAGCUCUUGAGAUGAGCGACAUGGUGCACGAGCUACGCAAAGGUGUAGAGAAAGUGGCUGAGAAGAUGCAGGUGUUGGGGGUAACAAGUAACACCGUCAACAGCCUGACUUCUCCCAAGGCUUUGCUGCCAUCUGAAAGUACAGAGUGGCGCCUGAUGAAAGACUACGACCUCCUCUACUGCUUUCGCCGAGACUCCAACAAGGUUCAAAACUACCUGAAAAUCCUCAAAUGUCGCAUCGUGCCAGACCACGGAUGCUGAAGGCCAGAAACCUCUCGGAAAUAUCAACACGUUGGAAUGGAAACGCUUCGGUUAGAGACUCCGCGGAUAAAGCUGUACGGAAUGUUAACUGAUAACGCACGCAUGUUCACUUCUAUCACGACUGGAGUUCUGCUGUGA